UCGAUCUACUUUUGAAAUAAUAAUACAUCAAGGAAUACCAGUGCCUUUUUUUAAAAAAAAAUCAACUUUAAUGACUGGAAUCUACAAAGCCAAGAAAUGCGGCGUUCAGUUCAACCCUCCGUGCGUCAUCUUAAUUUACGAAGAUACCCUUUCCUGCAAAUUUCGAAGGAGAUCCAUGCCAGCCAGAAAUUUUGAUUCUUUGUCAGACGUCGAAGCGGCAGCAAAACUGAUUAAAGAGAGACACAAAAGAUACUUGGAGCCCAUAUCACAAGUUGUGAUCGAAAAAAUGCUACGACUCAUACAGGAAAAUAUGAAAGGAGUGGAUCUUGAAUCAUCCUUGCAAAAGGUUGAGAGAGAAUACGAAGUGAACCCAGAGGAGGAUUUAAACAAAUUAAAAACAGACGAAUUGGAGCGUAAAAAAGCAAUAAUGGACGUGGCAUUUAACAAGAGGAAAGUCCGACCAGGCGAUCCGAAUUUCGAGUACGACAAAAGAGUUGAAUUCGCUCCAGACAAACCAUCAGAAUGGGAUGAUCCAGACGAAAUUGUUAAAAACGACGAUUUUCCGUUGGAGGAACUGCCGGUUGCGGAUCAGGUCAGUCAAGACGUGGAUUCUUUCAAUUUGGAGGACGAGGUCUUCAGCGACAAGGACGAAGAAUCUUUGAAAAAUGAUACAGAAAAAAGUGAAGAAAACGUCCUUGAGGAUUUGAAAGGAGACGACAUGCUGGACAGUUUAGAAGACACAGAUCCAAAACUAAAAAUCCAGUUCGACAUCAGAGAUUUGGAAAAUGAAUUGAGAGUGGAUGAUGCAGAUGAUUUUUGGGGAUGAAUAAUAUAACAAACUC